AUGUUUUUUGAAAAACAUAACUUAAAUAAUAAUAAUAUAGCCUUAAUAGAACAUGAAUGUGGUGAACCUCAGAAUUAUAUGACGUAUGAAAUUUUUUUUAAAAAAAUAUUAUCUUUUAGUAAUUGUUUGAAUAAAAAUGAAGAAUUUAAUAUUCCAGAAAAAGCAUAUAACGAAGAAAUGAAUGAUGGGAAAUUUAAGUUAUUAGGUUUAUAUGGUAGUAAUUCUAUAAAUUGGUUAAUUAGUGAUUUGGGAGCUAUGCUUAGUGGUGUUACUACAUUAGUGAUGCAUUCAAAAUUUAGUACAGAUGUAAUUGUGGAUAUAUUAAAUGAAACACAAUUAGAAUGGCUAUGUUUGGAUUUAGAUUUAGUUGAAGGUUUAUUGAGACGUAUAAAUGAAUUGCCACAUUUGAAAAAUCUUAUAAUUUUAGAUACUGUAGCUAAACAAAGUAUGAUAAAUUCUAAUAAUGAAAAGGGGAAAAAAAAAUCUAAUUUAAAAAAUAAAGAGAAUUUAAAUAAUAUAAAUAAUAAAAAAGGAAGUGAAUUAUCCAAAACGGUGGGAGAUGUAAAUUUAGGUCCUAUACAAUAUGAUAAGGAAAAAUUAGCAAAGAUUAAUGCUUUAAAAGAAAAAUUUAAUAAUUGUGGAAAGAAACUAAUAUUACUUGAUGAUAUGACAAAGAAAGAAACUACAAAUUUUAAUAUUAUAAAUGAGGAUCCUGAGUUUGUUAUUUCUAUUGUGUAUACAUCAGGAACAUCUGGAAAGCCUAAGGGUGUAAUGUUGAGCAAUAAAAAUUUAUAUAAUCAAAUAUAUUCCUUAUAUAAUCAUAGUGUAAGAAAAACAUAUAGUUUUCAAUAUCAUUUAUCUUAUUUACCAAUAUCACAUGUAUUUGAAAGAACAUUUGCGUAUAGUAUCAUAUUGUUUGGUGGAACAUUAAAUAUAUGGAGUAAGGAUUUAAGUUAUUUUUCCAAAGAUAUAUUUAAUUCAAAAGAUUUUAUAAUGGGAGGAGUACCUAAGGUUUUUAGUAGAAUGUAUACUAAUAUUAUGACAGAAAUUAAUAAUUUAUCUCCUAUUAAAAGAAGAAUUAUAAAAAAGAUUAUAUCUCUACGUAAAUGUAAUAAAAAUGGAUGCUUAGGUAAUUUUCUCGAAAAUAUUUUUCAUGUAUCAAGAAAAAUAAAAGAGAAAGUUAACCCCAACUUACAAAUUAUAUUAAAUUGUGGUGGGAAAUUAUCGGCAGAUGUUGCCCAGGAAUUAUGUGCUUUAUUAAAUAUCAAUUAUUGUCAAGGUUAUGGUUUAACAGAAACUGCGGGUGGUGUAUUUGGUACUAAUGAAGGAGAUUUUAAUUUUGAAUCAGUAGGAGGACCUAUUGCUGCUAAUACAAAAUAUAAAGUAAGGACAUGGGAAACAUAUAAAGCAACAGAAACAUUGCCAAAAGGAGAAUUAUUAGUUAAGAGUGAUUCUAUAUUUAAAGUAUAUUUUUUAGAAAAGGAAGAUACCAAAAGGUCUUUUACUCACGAUGGUUAUUUUAUAACAGGAGAUGUGGUUCAAAUUAACAAAAAUGGUUUUAUAACAUUUUUAGAUAGAUCAAAGGGUUUGGUUAAAUUAUCUCAAGGAGAAUACAUCGAAACGGAUUUAUUGAAUAAUUUAUAUUCACAAAUUUCUUUUAUAAACAAUUGCGUUGUUUAUGGUGAUGAUUUAAUUGAUGGUCCACUAGCCAUUAUUUCAGUAGAUAAAAGUUUAUUUUUCAAACAUUUAAAAGAAGAUAAUGUAUUAGAACAAUGUGGUGUUACUGAGAAGAAUUAUGUGGAUAAAUUAAUUGAUGAAAAUAUAAACAAUAAUAUUUUUGUUGAUUAUGUUAAAGAAAAAAUGUUGGAAGUUUAUAAGGAAACAAAUUUAAAUAGAUAUAAUAUUAAUAAUAACAUAUAUUUAACUUCAAAAACAUGGGACACGAAUAAUUAUCUUACUCCAACAUUUAAGGUAAAAAGGUUCCAUGUAUUCAAAACGUAUGCAUUCUUCAUUGAUGAGGUUAAAGAAAUAUAUAAAAGCAAAUUAAAAGGAAAUACUAGAUCAAGUACGAUUAGUGAUAAAGUUGUUGCAGUAAAAGAUACAAAAAAUUGUAAAGAAACAUUGAACAAGAGUGAAAAUAAUGAUUUACACAAGUCAAAACCAAAGUAUCCUGAAAAAAAUUUAGAAAAAAAGGAAGAAAUCACGGAA